ACCGGGGUAAUUUUAUACCCCAGCGCGAAUUUGAAUUUACCGCCUAAGGCUAGGAUGCACACUAGCGCGAUUUACAUUGCACGCGACAUCCAAUAAGAACUCUGCUUUUUCGAAAAAACAGCGAUGUCAUUGAACACCACGCGUCGCCGCGCGUUGUAAAUCGCGCUAGUGCAGUCAACCUAAGUUAGCAGACGAAGGGAUCGAUUCGGAACACCGCAGAACACCGACCAUUGCCAUCGACCAUAAUUUAAUAAUGUAAGAUGUUAGGAGCGGCAAAAGACGUUGGCUGUACUUGGCGUCAGAGCGCCAUUGCCAUUGCCAUUCGAGCCUUCCGAGCAUAAAGACGUAAAGUGGGACUGUGGGGUACGUUUGCCGCCCAGUCUGCCAUUCGUAUUUACAUUUCGUUUAGAUACCGCUAUAAAUAUUGUUUUUUUGCGGCUCUUCCCGUGCUGGUUGUCUGCAUCUUAAAGUGGCAUUGCAAACUAAAGAAAAUGGCACAUAAUCUACGAAGUGCCGAUGAAGUCGGCAAGACAAUCACACAAGCCGAGCAUUGGGAAGACAUUGAUGAUGCAUGUACCGAGGAAGAAGAUGCAAUAGAGGAAAAAAGCAGUACAGAAUCAGAGGAGACCGAAAGCUCUGAUGAAUUGCAAAAUGGGUCUAAUAAUAAAACAUAUACUGAUACAAAACCUUCUACGAGUAAAAGAGCGAGAGUAGAUAAAGGAAGUAUUCUAGGCAAGAAUGGUUAUCGUUGGUGCUUAACGCCUCCACAAAAAAACAUGAAUAAGAAUAAUCCAAUUUCUAUUCCUUAUUUACCAGGCCCGAUUAAAGAGGCUAGAGAUGUGAAGACGCCUUAUGAGAGUUGGUCUUUAUUAUUUAGCGAUAAUAUUUUAAAUAUAAUAAUUAUUCAUACAAACGCACAAAUAAAAAGUCACUGCAAUGAUAACGAAAUAAAUCGCAAUGUAAACGCUAUAUACAAAGAUUUGGAUAUUAUCGAACUUAAAGCUUUCAUUGGUUUACUGUACAUUUCGGGAUUGCAAAAAAAUAAUAACACAAGUUUAGAGGACUUGUGGAGUGCUGAAUACGGAAUAGAUUUAUAUCGAGCAACAAUGCCACUGGCUAGAUUUAAGUUUAUUUGUAGAUGUCUCAGGUUUGAUGACAUAUCUACGAGGACACAGCGGCAGAAGCAAGAUAAAUUUGCUCUUAUUCGUGAAUUAUGGACCAAAUUUAUCUCUCGCUGUACACAAUUCUACAUUCCAACUCCAUAUUGCACAAUUGACGAACAGCUCUUAUCUUUUCAAGGGCGAUGUCCUUUUAAAGUGCACAAUAAAAACAUUCCCAAUAAAUAUGGCAUAAAGAUAAUUAUGAUGAAUGAUUCCAGAACAUUUUAUAUGUAUACUGCUGAACCAUAUGUAGGUAAAGUUAACAAAGACAACACAGAGUCUCUUCCUUCAUAUUAUAUUAGAACAUUAUCGCAGCCUAUACAUGGAACUUUAAGAAACAUUACCUGCGAUAAUUGGUUUUCUUCCGUUGAAAUCUUUGAUAAAAUGCUUCAAGAACAUUCUAUCACGAUGGUUGGUACACUAAAAAAAAAUAAUCCGGAAAUUCCUCUUGCAUUUAAAAAAAGUGGAGCUGCACAAUCUUCAAAAUAUGCAUUUGAUGCAACAAAAACACUUGUGUCUUACACGCCUAAAGAAAAUAAAAUAGUAUUGUUGCUGUCGACAUUCCAUAACACCCCGACUACCGAUAAUACAACUGGAAAAUCAGACAUAAUUACUUUUUAUAAUUUAACUAAAGGAGCCACUGAUACCUUUAAACAAAUGUGCCAUGAAUAUACCACAGUAAGGAGAACCCGGAGAUGGCCUAUGAGAGUUUUCUUUAGCAUGUUGGAUCAAUGCAUUAUUAAUGCCAUGGUCUUAUAUAAUUUUAAUACAACACAUGAAAGUAUGCGAAAACGAGAUUUUAUCAAAUCUUGUAUACGCGAUCUUACACGACCGCACUUGGAAAGAAGGCGGCUCAUUCCCACGCUCCGAAGGAGCGUAUACAUUUCGAUUCAAGGAAUCCUGGGCUUGACAGACGAUCCACGACCUGAAAUACCAUCUGGAAAGCUAGCCCGCUGUCGAUUCUGCCCCAGAUCGUUGGAUCGGAAGACUCGCAUUAUUUGCGCGACCUGCAACGUUCCUGUAUGUGAAAACCAUAGAAUUAUACAGUGUAGUGGAUGCCGCUUGGAGUCGUAAAAUUAUAAUGUUAAUAUUGUUAGUUGAUAUUUACUGCAUGUUAGAAAGAAAACAAUUUGUCUUUUUUAUACGUAUCUACAUUUACCUGACGAUCAUUUAUCAACGUGUUUGUAGCUUAAUUAUUAAUGAUAUACACAAAAUGUGGAAUUCCUAUUACAUUAUCAUAUGAAUCAGUAUUGUUUUUGUCUCAAGCGUUGAUAUUUUAAAAUUUGUUUUCUUAUUGCAGUUCCUUUUUUUCCUGCGAAAUAGCUAUAAAGUAAAUAACAGAUAUCAAUUUGUAAUUUUUUAAAUUUAUAUAAAUAAAAAUUAAUAUUUUAAAAUUGAAAUUUUUAACAUACUUGUUGCGCAAGACAAAAUCGUUGCAUUUUUGUAUGUUAAUGAUCAAAGUAUUAAAACAAUAAAUUUAUAAAUUGGGCCAAUAGGAGUACAGCGUGGUAAUUAGUACGCGUAUUCUUGUAUUAUUCUUUACUUUAUUUCUCAAAUUCCAAACGUUUCGGCCAUUAGUUUUUAGCCAUCCUUAAUGGUUAUACGUUAAUAAUAAAAUUUACAUAAUGUUGAUUUUGUAUUUGCUGAUGACCAACAUGCAAAGUCCAAUGGGAAAAAAAUUGUUUAGCUUACAAUUUGACGGCUGUGCAGACAUUUCCAGGAGAAAUUUUAUCUGUUGAGAUGGAAUUAAUUUAAUGGUAUAUUUUUCUAAUUACUAAAAAUUCAUCCUGUAUCAACUGACUCGCCAUUCUCAACAGCAAAGAACAAUUCAAAUAAUUAUAACAACCUUCCUAAUCACUGUGUUCAAUGUCAUCGUUCCUAUCGCAAAUUAGUGACUGUCCAGACCAAAACCAAGAUAAAGAUUCAUUAGAAUAUGUCAAUUCAUUAAAAAUAUGUGUAUAUUCGAAAUUUAAAAAAUACCCGGAGUUAAUUACAUUGCAAAAUUCUCUUCCGGCGCCAAACAAAAACCUUUGCAAACGAAACGUGUCACUGUUUGUAGCGUCCAUAAAUUGUGUGUUCCUCAAGCUAUCGCUGUUGUCUCUAUUGUAGUCGUGUUUACAUGUGAAAUAAGUAUGGAGUAAGUUAGUUUUGCAAACCCCUUGUAUUGACUAACGCAAUGCAACCGUGAUCUAAGUAUUCCGUGUCUGUCUGGUAGUUAAGUUUAUUCUUUUGUCUUUUAAUAUAUAUCAUCUCGGAUAGCAGUCUUUUAUUAAGGUUUCUUUCAACAUCCAAAAUCUCAACAUCACUCCACUCAAAAUCGUGAUUGUGGCGUAUCCUAUGUUCGGUAAUAACAGACUAUGUCAGUAUUUCUUUUUAUGUGAUUUUUAUGUUUAUUGAUUCGGGAUUUUAACUGUCUUCCCAAAGUAUUAAAGUUAUAGAGAUUAUGUCAUAUUAAUCAGAUGACAUUUAUGCAUUUAUAGACUUUAUAAUAUUUAGUUGUAUUUAAUUUCUAUUAUUAUAGAUGAUUUAAUUUAUCGAAUUGAACAAGUCAGCCAUGAAAUGUGUACAAUAAAUCAUGUACAAUAAAUCAAUGCUAAAGUUAU